CGGCGGGGGCGGGGGUCCCGGUGCCGGUGCCGGUGCCGGAGCCGAUCCCGAUCCCGGCCCAUGUCCCGGCCCGCGGCGCCGCCCGGCUCCCCGCGCCGCCUCGGGGCGCUGAGCACGGCGCAGCUCCGGGCGCUGCUGCAGGACGAGCCGCGGCUGCAGCGCGCCGCCCGCCUCUGCAGGAAGUUCCAGAGUCUCCAGCUGGAGCGGGAAAUGUGUUUGGCUUCAAAUUGCACCCAGGCCAAGGUGAAUCUGUCCCUGCGCCCGCGGCUGGAGGAUGGGAAGGCUUCCCUGGCCAUCAAGUACCAGGAGCUGCAGGAGAUCCGAGAGGCCUGCUGGGACAAGCAGCAGCGCCUGGAUGUUUACCUGGAGAAGUGGAGCCCACAGAGCGCCCUGGGCCAGCUCCAAGCCAAGCUUGAUGCCUCCGAAGCAGAGUCAGAGGCCCAGAUAAAGCAGUUCCUGGCCCAGGAGCUGCCCCUCGAGGCCUUCCUGGAGUCGUUCUGCCAGAGCCGCACGCGCUCCCACGUCUGCCGGACCCAGCUGGAGAAGCUGCAGGAGCUGCUGCACAAGGAGCAGGUGCAGAAGGACCAGGUGGGCAGGAAGGACCCUGCGGGGUGCCCAGGUGCCCCGGCUAGCGUGGCACCGGCCCGCCUCGCCCCCUUGCAGAGCGGAGCAGCCCCCAAACCCUUCGAUCUGUCCUACGGCUUUGUGCCCGCCGUCCUCGUCCCCUCGGAGGCUGCCGCGCCCUUCCCCGUGCCCGCUGCGCCUCCCAAGCACCAUCUGCCAGCCCUGGCACAGCAGCCAGCGUCUCCCUGCUCCGAGGUGCCCGGCCUGGGCUCUCCCCUGCGCCCCGCUGGAGCCGUGCCCGUGCCCAGCGCCCAGCCCCGGGAGCAGGAGCCGCCGCACCGGUAGCGGGGCACGGUGGGCAUGGGGCAGGGGGGGAUGGCCCCGCUCCUGCCCCUCCCGGGGCCGGGCAGCAGCACCCAGGGCAGGAACAGGAGGGGUUUGGGGUGCUGUAGGCACAGCUCCGAGGGGUCUGUGGGGUGGCACAUGGGGGAGCUCAUACAGGGAUGGAGGUGUGGGGUUGGGGCAGGGGUUCUGCAUUGGGGAGGGCUCUGCAUCCACAGGUGGAGGAAUGGGACAGGAACUGGGGAUGGGUGGGUUGGAGGGGUGUCAGUGGGCUUAGCUGGGAGGGAUAGCAGGGAAAAGGCACAGGAGCACUGGGUGUGCCACAUGGUUCCUGAAUAAAGCCUCUU